ACAUCCAGAGGAGCAUCCAACCACGCUUCAUGAACUUUCCCCGAGCAUCUCGCGCUGAUUGGCGUUUGGUUUUGUUUACUUCUCUCCGCCUGACAAAGUAUGAAGCGAACGAACGAUUGUGUCUGGCUCUUUGAUGCAGAAGGGGCAGGACUAGCGGGUGCGUAGUUGUGGAGUAGCACGCAGAGGGUGGAAUGCAUGCACCUAGUGCAGCUGACCACUCGACUGCCUCGUGCGUAUCUGGCCAGGACUAGGGACGAAGAUGCUGUGGAGAGACACUGGGGCCGGACGGAGCACAUGCGUAUGAAAUAAAACGGGGCUGAAUAUGGGACUACAUGGACGUGGUGAUCGGCGUUGAACUCAGGAAAGUUUCCAGAGAAGACACUGUCCAAAAUACGUCCAAAGUCUUUGCUCUCAGUCAGUCUUUCAUGCUGUCGACCGCUGGCAUGAAGACUUGGACGGAAAGGAGCCAGCUGAGCCCUUUGCUGGACUAGCCAGAACGGACGAGGUCCCUGCCAGCAGUCCAGUCCAGUCCUAUGCGUCCUCCGUUUGCUUCCACGUUGAUCUGUGCGCGAGAAGAGCCGAGGAGGAUCAAUGCUGCUGCUUCCACACACAGCACCCCUCACACUCCGCCUGUGCCCGUUUGUUUUCGGGCACUGCUUUCUCUCGUCGCUUCUGCUGGUGUGCCAGGCUGAGCUUCAGAGGUCAUGCUCACAGCUUGGCACUCAGAGAGGAGGUGAGCAGUGCCAGUCACUCUGCCACUGCAGGACCUAUCCACCUCUACCACCCCCACCUCCUCCUCCGCCUCCUCCUCGGCUACUGAUCCCCACAGUGGCUGAGCCUCCGGUUCCCCUGCUGAGGCCCUGGUGGAAGGACUUUAUUGUGGUUGGGACAGUAGGAUGUUCCUCAGCUUUCUUUCUACUCUUAACUCUCAUCAUCUGCUACAAGGCUAUUAAAAGGAAACCACUGAGAAAAGAGGAGAACGGGACCAGUCGUGGAGAAUAUGCCAUGAGCUCCCGCAAGAAAAAGACCAAAAACAUUGCCACUAAUAAUGUUGUAGUGUAAAAUACACACAGACUAAAUGCAAACAAGAUCACUGGCCACUUUUGGAGCAUCAUCUGCAUCCUCUGACUGAACGCAGAGCAAAUGAACGGCCGACGUCAAAGCAGAAAAGAGAGGAAAUGAACAAGGUUGAUGUGUUUAAACAGUGCAGGCUGCGCUGUAACAGUACUGCAGUGUACUCUCAAAGAGAUUGACUCGCAACCUGUGGCUUAGAGACACUGAAGAAUAUUUGCAUGAUUUUUUUAUUAUUUUAUUUAUGAAUUUUUUGUCACCAUACUAAGCUAGAUGCUUCAUUUUACAUUUAAUGCACUGGUGUGAAAAAAUGUAAUUUAUAGUUGUAGCCUUUUCUAUAUAUUUAUUAUUUUAUUAUUUAUUUAUUUAUUUAUUUCCUUUUUUAAACCAUGCAGUGAGGAGUUACGUUUUACAGCGAGAUCUUGGGAACACCUUAAAAAAAACUAUUUAGCAUGGUAUAUCCUGGACACCUACCAGAGAUCCUCCCUAUAAAGUUUGUAUUCAAACAAUCAUCUAUAGAUUGGUUGACAUACACAACCAAGACUGGACUGUGGUAUGUAUAUAAAAGUCAAUGUCUUGUAUCAUUGAGAUAUGCCUAUGCACUUACACUUACGCAAAGUAUGUUACAUCAUCAUUCUGUGAUGAACACUGGAGUGUCUUUCCAGUGUUCCCUUGCAUUAUUUCUGUGGUGUAGUGUGGUUUCAUAUGUGCAGUGAUACUAACAUUCCAUUUUUUGAGACCAUAUCCUCUCCAAGGCUACAAUGCUAAACAACCCCCUUGUCUGUGCCAAAUUCUAGUGAUUACAAGGACAAUGGACAGUUGCGCAGGAGGCACUUGGUCAUGUUCAGAUGUGAUUACAUGCUAAUUGUUCCCUCCACAAGCCACCAGAUAAGGGCCCUUCUGCAAUAGUACGACUACUUUAAGCUGUCUGAUGAACACCGCCAUAUUAUAUGAAUGAUUGUGAGAAGUGCAGCUGUGUUUCAUGUACUGUGUGGCUGUCACCAGAUGAAUAAUGAAUGUCUAUAACAUUGCUGAUGCUUUAACAAGAGUAUUAUGAAUAUCCUGCUACAGUGAAAAAAAACAUGAGCCUUGGGAUAUGCAUUACAAUGACACAGUUCUGUUUCAGUAGUUCAAACAUCGUGUUUUGUGUCAAAGUGCUGUCUGUCUAGAUCUGUCGUCUACUUGCCCAAACCGUGAAAGGUCGUUUUCGCCUACAUUGUAACAAGAGUAUCCUAGAAAAUCUCAGAAAGCUAUAUUUAAAAUAACUGAACAAGUAUUAUAUGUACAAAAGAGAAGGAAUGAUGCAUGAAUGUAAAUAUUGAUUUCAGCAUAUUUGCCUUCUGGACUGUUACUCACUCAUACAGAGUGGCUGAAUAUGUUUAUACAUAGUAGAAAUAAAACAAUGCAAUCUGA